AAGAUGGUGGAAGGGAGUUCUAUAACUGUCAUGUCGGGCGGUAGAAAGCCCCGUUCUGUGGCAAACCCUCUGGAAUCCGCGAUCACCACACCCAGUGAACGAAUCUUGAGAGAAUGCCACAAUUUAUAUAUCGACAGCGAAAACGGGCUGGUGAAGAUAGCAAGCCGACUGGGUCUCCGGCUCCUUCCUCCACGGAAGAAGAUCAUUGUGAUGAUAAUGGGGAACCACUCUGCGGGAAAAAGCUCAUUUAUUAAUUGGUAUGUGGAAGAACAUAUACAGAAAACAGGCGUUGCCAUAGAAACGCAGGGAUUCACGUUUAUAACAAGUGGUCGGAAAAGAGAAUCGCUGACGGGAAAUGCCACGCUCCAUCUCUACCCCCAUUUCCGACCACUCCUGGAGUUUAAAGGUGUUACGGACUAUCUGUCGGCUGAGAUCUCCACCUCCAAGCAGAAGAAGUUUAGUCUGGUGACGUUCGUGGACACACCGGGCCUGGUGGAUGGGGACAUGAUCUAUCCCUUUGAUGUCAACCGCGCGAUCACCUCGUUUGGGGAGCAGGCGGACCUGGUCUUUGUGUUCUUCGACCCUAUGGGCCAGGCGCUGUGCAAGCGCACGCUCAACAUUGUGGAGAAGCUGAGCGAUAAGGUUGCGGACAAGCUGCGCUUCUACCUCAGCAAGGCAGAUGAAGCCGGGAGGGAGACGGACAGACAGCGUGUCAUGAUGCAGAUAGUUCAGGAACUGUGUCGCCGACCGGGGCUGAACAAGUGUGGCUUUGAGAUGCCCACCAUAUACAUCCCUAACCCCCAGAAGCCGAGCCGGUGUGUGAACCAGAUCGACGGAGUGUGUCAGACGAUAGAGAAGACCAUCAACCAGGCCGUCCAGAAGACACUGGACCAGCUGGAGAAGGACUGUGACCUCAUCUCCUCCACAAUCGACAGCAAAUUGUCCCAGGACAGGGCGGAUGUGAGUUUCAACAGCAGUGUCCGUCUGCACUCCUUCCUGUGUGGGGCACUGGGCAUCCUACUGCCGUGCCUUUUCCUCCUCAGCUUCGUCGUCAACACCCUGACUCCAGAGGAGCUGCAGGAGCUGCUGGGAGAUGGGCUGGCCAAAGCCCUUGGGCUCUCCAUGGGUGUCGUUGUCUUUCUGUGGACCUGGAUACCAGAGGAUUUCCAGAUAUUGUUUUUGAUCAUAUUUGGUGUUCUCUGCUACUUUUUCUUUUGUCUUGCCAAGUAUUUUGCCCGCCAAGGGAAUAGGACUCUUACCAAGAAGGAGAAGAGAAGCCUCACAGAGUACAGCGAUUACGUCCAGGAUGUCGUCAAAGCCAAGAAGGGAAAACUAUACGAGGAGUAUCUCGCGCAGUGUGCUGCUGAAUAUGACUUCUGAUAAGGGGCGGGCGGAUCCAUCGGGAAUCUACAUGCCGGACUUUCUCGUCGAUUAAUUGUUUUGUAGGACGUCUUCGUAAGUCUUUUCCUAAUCACACCAAUCAAGGGCUCACAUGCCUAGAAUUGCACAAUUUGGGAAGCUUUCUGGUACAUUUAUAUGCCACUGGGCGAAGGGAGAAGUAUUUCUUUCUGUAAUAAAACUAGUUCUGAUUGGUUGGGCCUGGCUCCACAGUGUGUGGGCCUAUGCCCUCCCAGGCCCACCCAUGGCAGUGCCCAUGCCCAGUCCUGUGAAAUCUGUAGAUUAUGGCCUAAUUUAUUUAUUUCUAUUGACUGAUGUCCUUAUACCAACUGUAACUGAGUCAAAUCUUUGAAAUUGUUGCAUUUUGCUUUCAUAUUUUUGUUCAGUGUAUAACUCAAUUUGUGAGAUACAGUAUAUAACUGUGAGAGAAAUAUAAAGUGCCUUUUCUAUUUGGAAAACUGUGAUUUAAGAAGUAUCUCAAUCUGAAAUUUCUCGUGACUUUUUCAGGAUGUGUAUGUAUUUACAUCUGAAAGCAUGUAUGGGACUGUUUACUUGUUUAUAGGCUACCUUUCUUAAAUGACUCUCUAAGCUAAAAAGCAAACAAUUUGCUGGCAAGGUGUUUCUUGAUGUCUUUUUGAAACAUCUUAGAUUCUAAUGUUUGAACGUGCUUGGGGGAUCCUUUGACAUUUUGUAAUGAAUAUGUUGUAUUACAAACUACAGUAUCAAUAGAAGUGUCUGUAUUCUGGACAAGAAAUCAAAAAUCUCCGUAAUGCUGAUUUACAUUAACGUGUGUCCCGACUAUGGCAAUGCAAAGCUAGAGAUGAUCAUGACGUGAGAACACUGUGUGUGUGGCAGGGAAUGCUAUUUUAUGGCAAUAUAUGGAGACACACCAACUCUAUUUUAAAAGGCCAGACUUUUUUUACCAGACUGCUUCAACAUGGAUAGCAAAUUAAAUAGAACAGUCAGUUCGGUCAGUGCUUUCUCCUGCCUCCUAUUUCCUUUCAUGAGAAAGAUUCCCAAUACAGAAUGUAGAAUGGUUCACACAGCACAGUAUAGUAGAAGUGAAAAGUGUGAGAAGUAUUUUUAAGCAAUAAGGCCUAAGGUGUGACAUAUUGCCUAUAUAGCAGGGCUAAGGGCUGUUCUUAAGCACGACGCAACUUGGAGUGCCUGGACACAGCCCUUAGCUGUGGUAUAUUGGCCCUAUAUCACAACCCCCUCCCCCAGGUGCAUUAUUGCUAUUAUAAACUGAUUACGAAUGUAAUUAGAGCAGCACGAAUAAAUGUUUUGUCAUACCCGUGGUAUACAGACUGAUAUACCACAGCUGUCAGCCAAUCAGCAUUCAGGGCUCGGCCCACCCAGUUUAUAAUCCUGCUUGUGAAGUGAAGCCCUGACUAAGCACUGAUGUGUAUUUCACCUUCUGAAUGUCUCAUGUUGUUUGGUAGUACAUGGUUAUAAUACUCAUUAUAUGGAUUAGUAUGCCGUUUGUCUUACUGCUAGUCUUUGGAUCAGUGAAACGUAAAAUAACUUACCAUUUAAUGCCUUCAAUGAAUACAGUAUAUAGAAUAUAUAUAUAUAUUUAUUGGCCUCAUAAGGUGCCUGUUUUGGGGUCAUUUAUACUUGUACAAUGAAGAAUACCUCCACUGUGUGCUGUUUGCAAUAAUGUUUCAAACUGUAAACACAAAGUUUGGGUAUGUCUUCGAUGUAGCUUUAGGGAAUAAUCACAACUGAAGUUCUUGUGAAAUGGUGCUGGUUCCACAUGUAUUAGAGUUCUUGUUUCCGAUGUUAUUUAUUUUUCAAUAUAAUACACUUAAAUUAUGUAAAUGUAUCCUGUUUUUUGCUUUUUGCUUGUAUAACUUCUAGAAUGUUUUUCUUCAACCGUCUGAUAAAGCUAGUUUACGUGUUGCAUUUCCUCAAAGGAGGAGGUCUCUUAUACAUUAAGCUACACUCUGUAACAACAAUGUAAUAUAAGGUAAUUAAAUGUUUUCUGAUUAAUCCUG